UGAUUUGGCCAGAGAACGUAAAAAACCUACGUUCUUAUUUGACACUUGAUUUCACGUGUAUUGCAAAACAUAAACAAUGCGGGUUUUACUUUAACCAAUUCACUUAUAAUUAAAAAGGUGUUUCAGUUGAAAAUAUUAAAAACAUGUCACGAAUAAUUGUAAAGCAACUACCAAAGAAUGUCAGCGAGGAAAAGCUCCGCAGCCUUUUCGGAACGAAAGGCACCAUCACUGACAUGCAGCUGAAAUACACUCCAGAUGGAAAAUUUCGUCAGUUCUGCUUCAUUGGGUAUCGUACUGAAGAAGAAGCGCAUGAAGCAAUCAAGUAUUUUAAUAACACUUGUAUACAAACAAGUCGCAUUAGAGUUGAAGCGUGCGCCGCGCUUGGCAGUGAGGAUAAACCACAACCACGCAGCAAAAGUGCCCGAAAGGCUGAGGCUGAUGUCAUUCAAAAGGUAUCACAGAAAGAGAAAGAUGAAAACAAAACCAAGAAGAAAAGUUCGAAUUUGGAAGAUAUUAUCAGCAAACAUAAAGAUGAUCCAGAUUUUCAAGAGUUCAUGAAAGCUCAUGAUAAGAAGCGUGCUUUAUGGGCAAAUGAUGCUGGUGAUGUUUUAACACCUUCUGAGGAAGUUGAAGAAAAUGUCGAAGAGGAAGUAGAUAUUAAAUCCACAGACAAUGAAAAUAUCGAUGAGGAUGAAAAGUUUGACGAUGAUGAUAACGAAAAUAAGGAAAAGUUGGCGGAAAUGCCAAUUAGUGAUCUGGAUUACAUGAAAAAUCUUAUGGCCAAAGCAACAUCGACAUCGGAAAGCAAAAAAAGUAAAACAAAAGCAGCACUUGAUCUGUACACAAUAAAAAUGCAUAAUGUGCCAUACAAGACUAAACGACAGGAGAUUUUGAAAUUCUUUAAACCGCAAAAACCAUAUUCUGUACGGUUGCCAACAAAUGUACAUGGAUUUUGUUAUGUUGGAUUUAAAACCGAUAAAGAAAUGGCAAAGGCAAUGCUUAAGAAUAAAAGUUUCAUAAAAGGAAAACAAGUGUUUUUCUCAGAUUUUACAGAGAAAAAUAAAAUAACCAAAUCAAAAUGUGAGAAAGGCGAGAAGACCACAGAUCUCCACAAGUUAGAGUCUACAAAUCCUAAAUGGGCUCAACAGGAGCAAAGCGUACGCAAUGAAGAAGGAAUCGCUGAGUCUGGUCGUAUUUUUUUCCGUAAUCUAGCGUAUACAGUGGCAGAAGAUGAGCUCCAAAAGCUCUUUGAAAAAUUCGGGCCCAUUGCUGAUAUAAAUUUGCCGGUGGAUGCUGUAACGCGCCAAAUAAAAGGUUUUGGUACAGUAACAUUCGUUAUGCCUGAACAUGCGGUAAAUGCGUUUAAUAGUUUAGAUGGAACAGAUUUUCAUGGGCGACUAUUGCAUCUUAUACCAGGAAAAAAUAGAGAUGACGAACAAAGGGAUGAUGAAAAUGACCCAUCCUUGACUUUUAAGCAAAAGAAAGCGCUGAAACUAAAAAAAGCCUCACAACAAGCUGGUAGUUGGAACACUCUUUUUAUGGGUGCGAAUGCUGUGGCGGAAAUAUUAGCUAAACGUUUCGAAACGACCAAAGAGAAGGUUUUAGACACCAGUGAUGGUGGUUCAAGCGCUGCAGUUCGCAUUGCUUUGGGAGAAACUCAAAUCGUAAUAGAAAUGAAAAACUUUCUUGAAGAGAAUGGAGUUCGUCUUAGUGUAUUUGAUUCCCCCAUAGUAAAGCGUUCCAAAACCAUUAUUUUGGCAAAAAAUUUACCUGCUGCUACAACAGUGGCCGAUUUAACGCCAAUAUUCGCCAAGUUCGGACCUAUAGGUCGGCUAAUCUUACCUCCCAGUGGUGUCACUGCAUUGAUUGAGUACUGUGAUCCAUCAGAGGCAAAACAAGCUUUCAAAAAAUUGGCAUACAGCAAAUUUAAAAAUGUGCCAUUAUAUUUGGAGUGGGCACCAGAGCAGACAUUCACAACAACACUGAAUGGAGAACCAAUUAUUCCCAAACAAGAAGAGAUAAGCAAUGCGUAUAAUGAAAAAACUACAAAGGAAACAGCGGAAAACAUACCCAAAGCAGACGAAAAUAUGGAUACAGCUCGAGAAGGCAACAAUUCUCAAACUAAGGAGGAUGAUGAUAAUUUAGAUAGUGAACCGCCAGAAGCAAACACAACACUCUUUCUUCGCAAUCUAAAUUUCAAAACCAUUUCCGAAACAAUAAAAAAUCAUUUCAAGCACUUAGGACCAAUACACACUAUAGAAAUAGCGAAGAGAAAAGACCCCAAAAACCCACGCAACCAAGUCUCAAUGGGAUAUGGGUUUAUACAGUUCAAAUUGACUGGAACCACCGAAAAAGCACUGAAAGAAAUGCAAUUUACACAGAUCGAUGGUAAUCAAGUGGAAUUGAAGCGCAGCGAUCGAACAUUGAAGUCGCCCUCACUUGUACCCCGAAAGCAUUCAGUGAAAACGCAGCAAACUGGCACAAAAAUACUUGUACACAAUAUACCUUUCCAGGCGAAAGAGAAGGAAGUCCGCGAAAUUUUCAAAGCAUUUGGGGAUCUUCGUUCUGUGCGUUUGCCGAUAAAAAUGACCCCAGGUGCAGAUUCCCAUAGAGGUUUCGGCUUUGUUGAUUUUAUUACAAAAAGUGACGCUAAAAAGGCUUUUGAUGCUCUGAGCCAGAGCACCCAUUUGUAUGGGCGCCGGUUGGUGCUGGAAUGGGCAUCUGCAAAUGACGAAGAUGUAGACGAAAUCCGCAAACGCACCGCAGCAGAUUAUUAUGCCAGUGCAAGUGUAACCAAGCAAAGUAGAAAAGCGCUAUUCAACGCUGCUGAGCAUUUCCCAGAGGCUGACGAAGACGAAGGCGGAGAAUAGAUGGAAGUUUAAUUAAUAUACUUUCAUAGUUAUGUUUAAUAAUAAUAAUAAUAUAUUUUUUUUAUAUAACUGCACUACAAAAUACAUAUGUUCAUAUGUAGAUAAACUAUAAAGUAUGUAGAUAAGCAAGAAUAAUUUUACAUAAAGGU